AUGCGCCGCGCGCCCUGUUUUUUCUGAUAGGCCGCUAGGUGAGGCGGGUUGUGAGUUUUGGGUCGCAGUAUACUAGAAUUUUGAGGUUUCCUUCCGGUGAAAAUUGAGCUGUCCAUGCAGCCAUGGAACCCGGGUUACAGCAGUGAGGGGGCCGCGACUCAAGAAACUUACACAUGUCCAAAAAUGAUUGAGAUAGAGCAGGCGGAGGCCCAGCUUGCUGAGUUAGACCUGCUAGCCAGUAUGUUCCCUGGUGAGAAUGAGCUCAUAGUAAAUGACCAACUGGCUGUAGCAGAACUGAAAGAUUGUAUUGAAAAGAAGACAAUGGAGGGGCGAUCUUCAAAAGUUUACUUUACUAUCAAUAUGAACCUGGAUGUAUCUGAGGAAGCAAUGGUAAUUCAGUUUUGCUUUUGGAAGGAUGGAAACAUGUUGAGACUUAAAACAUUGGUUAGUGCACUUUUUCUUCUUCUCUUUAAUCAGGCGAUGUUUUCUCUGGCCUGUAUUCUUCCUUUUAAAUACCCAGCAGUUCUGCCUGAAAUUACUGUCAGAUCAGUAAUAUUGAGUAGAUCCCAGCAGACUCAGCUGAACACAGAUCUGACUGCAUUCCUGCAAAAACAUUGUCAUGGAGAUGUUUGUAUACUGAAUGCCACGGAGUGGGUUAGAGAACACGCGUCUGGCUAUGUCAGCAGAGAUACUUCAUCUUCACCCCCCACAGGAAGCACAGUCCAGUCAGUUGACCUCAUCUUCACAAGAGUCUGGAUCUACAGCCAUCAUAUCUACAACAAAUGCAAAAGAAAGAAUAUUCUAGAGUGGGCAAAGGAGCUUUCCCUGUCUGGGUUUAGCAUGCCUGGAAAACCUGGUGUUGUUUGUGUGGAAGGCCCACAAAGUGCCUGUGAAGAAUUCUGGUCAAGACUCAGAAAAUUAAACUGGAAGAGAAUUUUAAUCCGCCAUCGAGAAGACAUUCCUUUUGAUGGUACAAAUGAUGAAAUGGAAAGACAAAGGAAAUUUUCCAUUUUUGAAGAAAAAGUGUUCAGUGUUAAUGGAGCCAGGGGAAACCACAUGGACUUUGGUCAGCUCUAUCAGUUCUUAAAUGCCAAAGGAUGUGGGGAUGUUUUCCAGAUGUUUUUUGGUGUAGAAGGACAAUGACAGUAAGAGUAGUUGAAAGUAUCUUGUCACUGUUGGCCUUUUGAUUUUUUUUUCCCACUUUUUCUUGAAAGAUUAAGUAAUUUUAUUUUAGUUCCAUUCUAGAAUGUUGGGGAGUGGGGGACAAGAAAAAUAGUAUAGCUGAAAUGCAUCUGUUAAAAAUGUCAUGAUUGAAAGCAGAACUGAGUUUUAAAUUACAACCUUAAAAUUGUUGUUAGAUAUUUCUUCACAUAUCAGCUGCCCAUUUUGAAAAAGAAAUGAUCCACAAAGGUGAUGUUGGUGCUCCAAUUUGCCAGCCAUUCCCAACCCCCUUCUCCCUUACCUGCCUUCACUAAAGAACCCAGAAAAGCUGAUUGCUCCCCUUUCAGCCUCUGUUGCAACUAACAACUCUCAGUGGCCUCAGGACACAGCUUUGGCCUUGGGAAUUCUGGGAAAACUUUUGCUUCCUGAUUAAAGAAACAUAUGCAGCUAGGCCACCUCCUCCCCCUCUUACUCCUCCAGUCAAAGUGAUGGCUGGAGCUGGAGGAGUUAUUUGAACUAUGACAGAAGGAAGGACUAAGAGAACCACGAAGAUGCCAGUUGCCACAUUGUUGAGCUGCGGACCCAACACCAGCCGCUGCCUAUCUCUAGACGUCUUAUGAAAUAAAACCAGUUUUGUUUAA